AUGUCAACAAGAUCAGAAAGAGCAUGCAUGCUUUGUGGCAUUAUACAACCGUCAAAACGAUUUCAAGAUGAUGGAUGUCCCAAUUGUGAAUCAUUAUUACACUAUAUGGAAUCAGGAAAUAUAACAGAAUGUACUUCUCCAUCGUUUGAAGGAUUAGUUGCAUUAGGUGAAAACAAUAAAGGAUCUUGGGUGGCGAGAUGGCUUAGAAUAGAUAGUUUUGUAGCUGGAUUAUAUGCGGUUAAAGUUAAUGGGAAACUACCUCCUAGAAUUGUUGAUCAUUUGGAAAAUAAUAACGUUAUAUAUCGACCAAGAGAUGGAAGUGCAGAAGAUUAA